AUGACAGUCGUUAACAGCUUCGUGUUCAUUGCACAGGUACUGCUGCUUCUGCCGCCGCACUGGGCCGGUGACGCCGUCAAAAGCUGUCCGGCGGCGAUUCAUCGAGCUGAGCGCAUCAUCACGGCUGAUAACAAGGAAACAGCGACUCAUACAGACCGAAAUUUUCUUCGGUGGACCUUCAACGAAAACCUGGAAUUCUCAAGAUUCACAUCGCCAUCGACAUCGGCUGCCUCAGCGCCAGCGCUGCCAAGUAUAAAAGACCACCCCCGAUCUGCACUCCACUGUGGGCACGGUGGCAUCGCCAAGAUGACAGUCGUUAACAGCUUCGUGUUCAUUGCACAGGUACUGCUGCUUCUGCCGCCGCACUGGGCCGGUGACGCCGUCAAAAGCUGUCCGGCGGCGAUUCAUCGAGCUGAGCGCAUCAUCACGGCUGAUAACAAGGAAACAGCGACUCAUACAGACCGAAAUUUUCUUCGGUGGACCUUCAACGAAAACCUGGAAUUCUCAAGAUUCACAUCGCCAUCGACAUCGGCUGCCUCAGCGCCAGCGCUGCCAAGUAUAAAAGACCACCCCCGAUCUGCACUCCACUGUGGGCACGGUGGCAUCGCCAAGAUGACAGUCGUUAACAGCUUCGUGUUCAUUGCACAGGUAGGAAAACGCUAUCCUUUCUGUUACCGUAGCAACAACCUUUGUCUUUUUUUGCUGCCGUGCCCACGGACCUGUUUUGCCUUGUUGCGUGAAAUGCGUGCACGAUUUGCUGAUUUGCUCAUGCUGUGCGGAGAUAUAGAGACCAAUCCCGGUCCUGACAGGGCAGCGACAAUGGAAAUGUUAACUAAUAUCUCGGUCGACAUUAAGGAAAUUAAACUGAGCCAGGCUGCGACAACAUCGAGACUAGAGAAAAUAGAAUCGCGCCUCGAAGGCCUUGAAGAACUCAGGUCCGUUGUGAACAAAAACUGCGACAAGACCAACCGCCUCGAAGCCACCAUCACAUCACUCUCGAACAAAAUUGAUGAUUUAGAGAACCGUAGCAGAAGAAACAAUCUAAUUAUUUUUGGUCUUUCUGAACUACCUAACGAAGAGAGUAGCACCCUCGAGGAUAGAGUAACUAAAGAGAUUCUUGGUGGAAAACUAAAUGUAAAGAUUAAUGGAAUCGAUCGCAUACAUCGCCUUGGGAGGCCAGCUCAUGGCAAAACCCGUCCAGUAAUAUUUCGACUCGUAAACUUUAAAGAUAAAUUGAAUAUUUUACGCAACUGCAAUAAAUUGAAAAAUGAACGACUCUCGAUUAGUGAAGACUACUCAAAGCGAAUUCAGGGCAUUAGAAAAAAAUUACUUGAUAGCUCGAAAUCAAAUAAACUUGCUGGUGAUAAGGUCACGCUUACCUAUGACAAAAUUAAGAUAAAUGGCACAGUAUACAUUUGGAAUGAGGCCAUAAACGAUAAGGUUCCCAUAUCUGAGGAAACCCGGAAUCCCAGUACGUGACCAAGCCCUACUCAAGUCAACCGUGUAUAUGAAUUUCGAUUACUAAACCUAAACGCGCGAAGCAUCGUAAAUAAAACUGAUAAACUUGAAGCUGCUGUUUUGAAUACCCAACCUGAUAUUAUAGCAAUGACAGAAACUUGGCUAUCAGACAGCAUUCUUGACUGUGAAAUCACGCCCCCAAACUAUACGAUUUUGCGCAAGGAUAGAGGUUCUCGCGGUGGUGGAGUAGCGAUUCUUGUAAAA